UUCUCAACCAUUCAUCCUGACUACAAAGCCACAACUCUGCCCUCAUUGUUGUCCUCUGCCUCCAGCGAGACACCCGUCCUCUGCCUCCGGCGAGACGACCUUGCCCUUCCGCGGCAGAACCUCACCAUCUUGCAGCUCCUCCCUUCCCUCCCCAUACCUUCUUCCUCCUUUCCUGCCCACCUUAGACGGCCGCUAGCCCGCGCGCUGAGCUGCGACGAGUGUUUGCCGACUCGAUGAGUUUCUACCGGCAGCGCUCUUUUCUGGACCAUUCACACUGGAGCUGCGACAGGGGAGGCGCACGCCGCAGGGUGCUGCAACUGACGAUGCUUCAAUCGGCUGGGAAAUCUGCUACAACCGAUGCAGAUUUUUGCUACAACCGAGCGGCCGCGUCCACCUCCCACCGCGCUGCUACGACGAGCGCCUCGCCUCCACCUGCCCCCGUUCUGCUCCGUGUAGAUGAUGAACUUUGGGUGGUUAAUGUGCUGCCAAUCAAUGGUCUAGGGGAUAAUGUGCAAAGGAUAAUUGGACUGUCUGAUAUCACUUUUCUCAAGUUAGUGAGCUUGGUGUGCUCUGUUGGCUAUAACAAAAAGGAUACCAUCUAUUAUCAGUGCGGAGGAUUAGUUGGCAUGGAGCUAUUGGACAGUAAUAAGAAGGUGACAACAAUGGUAAAUCAGUACAAGAGUGUUAAGAUGUUGAAUCUGUCAGUUUUGAGGAGACCCGCACCAACCCGCCGCAAGAAAAGAACGAGGAAGCAAGCAUUAUUGAUAGAGCAGCCAACCAAAGAGGGCAUUAACGAAGUCAUAGUUGAGCAAGAAAAUGUGUUAGAGGAAAAAGUUGAGGCGACAGAGGAAGAAGAAGAGAUGGCAGUGGCAGAGGAAAAAGAAGAGAUGGCAGUGGCUGAGAAUUAUGAUGAUGAAGACUUGGAAAAUCUUGCUCGAUUAAAGAGACAGAAAGAAGAUCCUGCGGAGCACAUGGAGGGCGACACCGAUAUUGAGGACCUUUAUCCACUACUAGAUGAUGCACCUGUUUUUCCUAUUGAAGAUAGCACACUUGCUUCUUGCAAUCCAUCAAAGAAGAGAGCAGAAGCAUGGCAGAAGAAGAAACUGAGGAAGGAUGCUAUUCUCAGUUCACAAGCAAAGUUGCGAGAUGUAACCAACACUCAAGCAUGUGAACUUUCAGAUCCAGGAAGUGAGGAUAUUGGAAUGGAUAUAAUAUCAAGUGAUGAUGAUGGCUUUGAACCUGCAAUAUCCGUUGCACCAAAAUGCAAGAAGAGUAGAGCACAACCACUUCCAACUAGAGUGUGGUAUGAUGAGGGCAGGUUGCUUGGAGGUGAAAAACUCUGUUUGCAUAUGUGUUUUGUGAACAUGCAUCAAUACAGAAGAGCCUUGAAGAAUUCUCAUAUACUUCAAAGUAGAGACUAUAUGUAUCUUAGAAAUGAUAGAGAUCGGGUCAAUGUUUGUUGUGUGACUGAACUUUGCCAAUUAUAUAUGACAGCUUCAGCUAUCAAGAGAGAAGAGACUGUUUGCAUUAGGAAGAUGGUGUUACCUCAUACUUGUGGCAUUACCUAUGAUACUUCUAGAGUGGACAGCACAUGGUUGAGCAACAGGUAUGAGGAGAACUUUAGAGGCGAUCCAGAUUGGAAGAUAAGCGCGCUAAUAGACACUACCAAGAGAAAUCAUGGUGUAGACAUCACUCCCAUGAUGGCAUAUAGGGCAAGGAAUAAAGCAGUGGAUAUUGUGUUAGGAAAUCACAAACAGCAGUAUGUGAGGAUCAGGGACUACUUGCAGACAGUGCUUGAUACCAACCCAGGCAGCCGAUGCAUCGUGACCACGGUUCCGCAUGGAUGUAGGCCAUUCAUUGGUCUUGAUGGAUGCUUUGUUAAGCUGACUACAGGAGCACAAGUGUUGGCCGCCUCUGGAAGGGAUGGCAACAACAACUUGUUCCCUAUUGCAUUUGGAGUUGUUGGCAAAGAAGACAUUCCUAAUUGGUGUUGGUUCCUUGAACAACUCAAGUAUGCUCUUGAGAUAUUGUCUUAG